GCCGCACCUGCAGCCGUUCUCAAUAUGAAUGGGGCGAACGACCCGCACUUCUUUAUAAAAGAUAUUAAGCCCGGACUGAAAAACUUAAAUGUCGUCUUUAUUGUCCUGGAGAUAGGACGAGUGACCAAAACCAAAGACGGCCACGAAGUAAGAUCGUGCAAAGUAGCUGAUAAGACGGGAAGCAUCACUAUUUCGGUGUGGGAUGAAAUCGGAGGUCUUAUCCAGCCCGGGGAUAUUAUUCGAUUAACCCGAGGAUAUGCAUCCAUGUGGAAAGGAUGUCUGACUCUUUACACAGGAAGAGGAGGUGAACUUCAGAAAAUUGGGGAAUUUUGUAUGGUAUACUCAGAAGUGCCAAACUUCAGUGAACCUAACCCAGACUAUCUUGGACAGCAGAACAAAGUGGCACAUGGUGAACAAAAAAAUAAUUCUUCAGCAAGUAAUAUGAGUACAGGUACAUUUGGGCCAGUAGGAAAUGGUGUACAAACUGGACCUGAAUCAGGGCGAUUCCCAUUUUCAUAUAAUCAUGCCCACUCCUAUGCAGGUACUGGGAGAGCCAAUGGACGAGGACCUGUAAACCCACAGCUACCAGCAACAGCUAAUGUUCAGCCAGUUGUGACCACAAUAAGUAAUGGGAGGGACCCUCGGAGAGCCUUUAAAAGAUGACCUAUGCCAAAUGUUCACAUAUGGCUUGCCUAAACUACAUGAUGCCCUACUUGAACACUUAUUGCACUUUUAUUUAUGGUUAUCUGUGAAAAGUUUGUCCCUUAUUGGUAUAUUUUUAUGUUUUGGUUUGUUGAGACAAGUGAUUUGUUUUAUGAUGAUGCAAUUAAGCUGCUUAAAUGCCAUCUGAAAGAAUGGUCUAUAAAGGAGGGAAAAUAGUUUUGGAAUAAAAAAAAAAAAAGCAAAAAGCCCCACCCAUCAACUGCACUCCA